AUAUGAUUAAUGACUCUGAAAGUGUAAAUGAAAUACUAGAUAAAAUUAACAAAGGAUCAUCAUCAACACCUUCUUCGAUUAAGUAAUUGAAUUUUAGGAAAAAAAAAGUAUCAACCAAAUAUUAAUUUUCCUCCAUAGCAAAAUUUGCAAUAAUCAUGUAGCAAAUAUUUUUACUUUUCGGGUGUUUAUAUUUAACAAUCUAAAAAGUAAUAUAUAGAAUUCCAAUGGAAUGUUAUUUAAUUUACAACCACUCCUUAUGUAAAGUCUUUUUGACUGGAAUCUAUGUAAUUGUAUUGUUAAGAAUCAUAAGAAAUCUAUUAAAACUUUAUAAGAAGAAAGAAAAGUAAUACAAAUACCUCUUUCAUAGUAACUUAUUCAAUUGUGAUGUAACUCUUUAGACUUUUAGAUAUUAUAUGGGAAUUAAAUGCUAUAUAAUAUUAUUAUUUAUAAUAUAAUUUAUGAUAGAAAAUUAUUUAGCCAUAACAGUUACAUAAAUUUGGAGUAAUUAAAUUAGUGAAAACUCUGGUGCUUAUUUCAUGAUAACGAUUUUAAUGUAAAUAGUAAUUUGUGAUAUUACUUAUGAAUAUUUUAUGAUUUUUUCAGGAAGAUAUGGUAUAGCAGAUAGCAGACAUAAUUCAAUUGUGAUUAAUAAAUAAAAUCUUUUUGAUGCAAUUUGUAAAUUCAAAUUGUUAAUUUAUUGUUAUAAAUUUUACAAGGAAACAAAAUGGAAUUAUAAAAUUUACACUAGAAGUAAGGGAAUUCCUUUAUUUUGA